UUUCAAUUGGAUGAGUUUGUCAAUACAACACAGAUGGUAGAUUUAAGACAAUUCCCCAAGGUGAAUGCAGCAAUAAGCUCUAUUCGAGUAUCGGAACGCACUUUGCUAUCCUUGACACAGACAAUUCAAAGUAUCCUAGAGAAUAUGUUGCACACAUCGGAUUUCAAUUUGACAUCGUAUCGAAGUAGCGUGAGUGCACCAACGCCUGAAAAGGAUUUAGCAACAUUUAUUGAUCAGAUGCAGAGGGUGGCAUUACAGAUUCAGGACGUAGCAACGUCAUCCCGAAUGACAACCCUUGGAAGUCGAUCAAAGCGUUUACAAGCAUCGAUUUUGCAACCAUUGGAGCAAUUACAAAAUGAAAUCCUUUACCAUUUGACUGCUUUGGAAUUACAAAGAGAUCCUUGGGCUAAGCAGGUCAAUCAAACGCUCAAUCAUUUACGAAAUAUCCAAGGAUAUCUAGACAAGACUGCCUCCGAGAUAUGCAGUAAUCAAACGACAGUUUACACAAAAAGACUAAAAGGAUAUCUAACGAGCAGCAAAGCAACAAUGUCCUCACAGUUGGGCGAAUCGACGGCACAGUGUCGCCCUCUAUUCGACAUAUUUGAUGCGAAUCGGAUUUUUCUAUGUCGGAAUGCUGUUGAUUACUUAAAUGCCCUGUGGUUCUUCACAUUUGUAUGCUUGCUAUUGUGGUCGAUUGGAGUUCCAAUUGGAUUAAAUAUGAUUUCCUUGCAAAGAAAAUUGAAAGAGUUCAGCCGUGUUCGGGACACCAGUGGCCAUUUGUAUGGGUAUUCUAGUAAUAUACCAAUGUAAUUCAUUACGUUUUUGGAACUCAUUUAUUUAAUGCUUUAUAUAUUAUUAUUAUUUUCUUUUUUACUUAUUUAUUUGUAGCUGUAGCUGGUUGUUUGUUAUUGACCGAAA